GCCCGCAGCUGUGGAAGCCCGAGGUCUAGCUGCGCGCAGUAUAUGACAGUACGUCAGCAGCGGGAUGGCCGUAGCUGUGGCGGCGGCUGCAGGAGCCCGAGCAGCCGCGGCCGCAGUGGAGGCUGGAGCCCGAGCGGCGUCCGCGGUGGCACCCCGGGGAGUUUAAGAUGGCGGCGGGGGGGGCUGCGGGACUGCGGGAGGAGCAGCGGUACGGGCUGGCGUGCGGGCGGCUGGGGCAGGACAACAUCACCGUGCUGCAUGUGAAGCUCACCGAGACGGCGAUCCGGGCGCUGGAGACUUACCAGAGCCACAAGAAUUUAAUUCCUUUUAGACCUUCAAUUCAGUUCCAAGGACUCCAAGGGCUUAUGAAAAUUCCCAAAAAUGAUCCCUUCAAUGAAGUCCAGAACUUUAACUUCUACUUGUCAAACGUGGGAAGAGAUAAUCCUCAGGGCAGCUUUGACUGCAUCCAGCAAACACUCUCUAGCUCUGGAGCCUCCCAGCUCAAUUGCCUGGGAUUUAUACAAGAUAAAAUUACAGUGUGUGCAACAAAUGAUUCCUAUCAGAUGACGCGAGAAAGAAUGACCCAGGCAGAGGAGGAAUCCCGUAAUCGAAGCACAAAAGUUAUCAAACCCGGUGGACCAUAUGUAGGGAAAAGAGUGCAAAUUCGUAAAGCUCCUCAAGCCAUCUCGGACACAGUGCCUGAGAGGAAAAGGUCAACGCCCAUGAACCCUGCAAAUACAAUUCGAAAGAUGCAUAGUGGCAACAGUGUCUCUCAGAGGCCAUACAGGGACAGGGUCAUCCAUUUACUGGCACUAAAAGCCUACAAGAAACCUGAGCUGCUUGCUCGACUGCAGAAAGAUGGUGUCAAUCAAAAAGACAAGAACUCCUUGGGAGCAAUUCUGCAACAGGUGGCCAAUCUGAAUCCUAAGGACCUCUCCUAUACUUUAAAGGAUUAUGUAUUUAAGGAGCUCCAGCGAGACUGGCCAGGUUACAGUGAGACAGACAGACAGACAUUGGAUUUGGUGCUCUCUAGAAAACUAAAUCCAUCUCAGAAUGCUAGCACCAGCCGGUCAGAGUCUCCCCUGUGUUCCAGCAAAGACGCUGCCUCAUCUCCUCAGAAACGACCUUUGGAUUCAGAUUUCAUUGAUCCUUUAAUGAACAAAAAAGCUCGAAUAUCUCACCUAACAAACAGAGUCCCACCGACAUUAAAUGGUUAUUUGAAUCCCACCAGUGAAAAAUCUUGUGCAGGCCUCCUACCACCCCCUGCAGCUGCUGCCAUCCCCACCCUCUCGCCGCUGCCUUCAACCCACCUGCCUGUCUCCAAUCCUCCUCAGACUGUAAAUUCCAACUCCAAUUCCCCUAGCACUCCAGAAGGCCUGGGGACUCAAGACCUGCCUGUUGACAGUUUUAGUCAAAAUGGUAGCAUCUUUGAGGACCAGCAAGAAAAAUAUACCUCAAGGACUUGUCUGGAAACAUUACCCCCCAGCUCAGCUCUGCUAAAGUGUCCAAAGCCCAUGGAAGAAGAGCAUCCAGUGUCUCACAAAAAGUCCAAAAAGAAGUCUAAAAAACACAAGGAAAAGGACCAAAUAAAGAAACUUGACAUUGAGACCAUGGAGGAGAAGGAGGAAGACCUUCAGAGAGAAGAAACUGCCAAGCUGAGUAAUGCCAGUCCAAAUCCCAAUGAAGGAGUUAAAGAAGGGUGCACAGCCUCCAUGGAGCCUUCUUCAGCACUUGAACUCCCAGAUUAUUUGAUAAAAUAUAUUGCUAUUGUCUCUUAUGAGCAACGCCAGAAUUACAAGGAUGACUUCAAUGCUGAGUAUGAUGAAUACAGAGCUUUGCAUGCAAGGAUGGAGACUGUAGCCAGGAGAUUUAUUAAACUGGAUGCACAACGAAAACGCCUUUCUCCGGGUUCAAAAGAGUACCAGAAUGUUCAUGAAGAAGUCUUACAGGAAUAUCAGAAGAUCAAGCAGUCCAGUCCCAAUUACCAUGAAGAAAAAUACAGAUGUGAAUAUCUUCAUAACAAGCUGGCUCACAUCAAAAGACUAAUAGGUGAAUUUGACCAACAGCAAGCAGAGUCAUGGCACUAAAGCUCUGCUUGGACCAGAAGAUGUGAAUAAACUAAAGCUUAUUUAUUUAAAAUUCCAGAUGAGUUGCUCUAGAUUCUAAAAGAUGAAACUUUGCUUGUUGGAAGUUUCAGUAUUAGUAAACUUGAGUUACUUUUUUUCCUCUCUAUUUUACUUUGCUGCCCUGAAUUUUGAAGCUGCUUUUUUUCUGGUCCUCUCCCCAACCACCCACCCCCAACCCCCAACUUGUUUGUUAAUAGAAGCAAUUUUUAAGAGAUUGGGGAUCCAGUGUCUAUACUUCAAAUCAAUUUUCCUUGAUAACUUGUCUUUGUCAUUAGCGAUGAUUUUUUUUUUUUUUAGAUAUCGGGGAUGCAAAGUCCAUACAGAUGCAAAGAAUUGCGUGUGUUUAAAACAAGACAAAACAGUAAUGUGCAAGGUGAAAAGCUUUUGGAUAAACAAAAGCCUAUUUUCUGACCUUUCUUAAUGUAAACUCUUUGCCUUAAAUGGUAGAAUAUUUAGACAUUUGCACAAAGUACAAAAAAUCAAAACAUUGUUUUUGGAGGGUUGAAAAAUAGAAAGUGAAUGUGUAUAGUUUUCUAUACACAUACAUACAUACAUACAUACAUACAUACAUACAUACAUACAUACAUGCAUACAUACAUACAUACAUACAUACAUACAUACAUACAUACGGGCUGUCUGGCUCUAGAGUGUUAAAUCUGCCCUAAAAGUUAAACCCCCAUUGCAAUGGCUGCCUUAAGGUGUUUGCUAGUUGUGUACAUCAUGUGGUUAACCAGUAGCUACACUGCUUCCCAGUGAUAACAGCCCCAGCCCGGGAAGCACACUGUGGCCUACCAGCAUCAGAACCUGUGUGUUCUGCUUGUCUGUCUGCAGAGCUGCUGUGGAUGUGAGCUGUGUGAAGGUUAAAAAGCUGCUACUCUCAGUAGGCCGGACACUCAGGUUAAAGAGCUGACGAGUGUUGCAGUAGCUUGUUGGUGUGUGUUUGCUUGGUUUUUGUUUGUUUCUGUCAAAUUGCUACUUCUAUUGUGGAAGACAAAAGCAUUUCCAUUUCAACAGUUUGUCAGCUUUAUUAAUGUUGGGCAAAAAAUGAUAUGUUAUGAAAAUGAAACAGAUCUUAUAGUUUUGGGGCAAAAUGACAAAAAUAAAUGUGUAGGUAACCUAUUUAUAUACUGCUAUAAAGUAUUUUUUGAAGAAAGAUAUGCAAAGAAGCUAUUACCUACAUCAGAUGUAUAUUUAAAUUUUUUUUCAUCCUGGAUCCCAGGAAUAUAAAAAGAGUAGAUAUAUUUAACCAUAACAUACUGUGACUCAUCAAAUAGCACAAACUUUCAUUUCAUGGAGUUUAUCUGUUAACGUUGAUUUAAACUAUCACUUGUCUUAUCAUGUGGGAACAUAAGUUAUGUGGUCAAAAUAUAAAGAUUUUGAACUAAAGUUGAUUCAGGUUGUCUUGUAUUGUCUCAAAGUGCUGCCAGUUGAAAAGGGAAGCAUUAUGUUUACAAAUCUGUUUUGAAAUGUUUGCCAAAAUUUUGGUAGUAUCUUUAAUAAAGAUGUUUGUCUUCAGCAUCCAAAAA